AUGACUCACCUCGUCACUGGUCACUGUCGGUGUGACACUUCUCCAAGUUGGAAGUACUCUGUGGAAGAGCGACACGAUCUGGCUAGCAGUUGUAUAGCUUCUACCAAACCGAAGUUCCUAACUGAAGCUUUUGUGGGAGCCUAUCUGCUUUACACCUGGGGCAACCAAGAGUUUGAGAGACUGAAGAGGAAGAACCCUGCUGACUAUGAAAACGACCAGUAA